CCUUUUCGCUUACUGACGCCACCCCUUUGCUUUCAUUGUCGCGCUCGCGUUUCCGACGCACUUUACGACCGAACUGCCCUCGAUGAUCUAUCCCGCGUGACAAUCACCGUCCGAGUUAGUUAUAAUUCAGAAAAAUGGAGUCCAGAGCGUCUGAACUGCUGGUUGCGUUGAAAAACCCCAACACGUCGGUUGACUCCAAAAUAGCCGGUCUGACUAAUCUCAAAUCCGACAUCAAACAGAAGAAUGUGCCCGAAGCAGCUGUCUUGCCUAUCUUCGAAAGCAUCCGGGUUGCGAUAUCCGCACAGCAUUCUUCCCUCUCAUCUGCCGGCUUCUCCACCUUGGGGCAUCUCCUGAAACGAUUGUAUAUCCAGGAGUUCCACAGCCUAGUCGCAUUUCACGCGCGUCAAAUAUAUUCCAUAUGUCUCGAACGUCUUGGGGAUCACAAAGAGCGCCUUCGCAGUCAAGCUGCUCAAGCCUUCACCGAUCUCUGGCUUGCGGCCCCGCAGGAGGUUGAGCAAAAUGUUCUUGGAGUUGCCUUGGUAGGUAAGAACCCACGAGCUAAGGAGAUGAGCAUGAUCUGGUUAGCUACUAUGACCAGAGAACACAAUAUUCUGUUCCGUACCCAUGUACCUUCGCUUGUCACCGCUUUAGAAGAUGCCGAUAGCGGGGUGCGAGAAUGCGCAAAAAAUACCGUCAUCGAAAUAUUCCAAACUGCACCCUCCCGAGCCAAGUCAGACCUCAAAAAACAGCUUUCCGAGAACGGAGUCCGUAAAUCGAUUGUUUCUGCGAUACUUUCUGGCUUAGGUGUCUCUGAUCAUGAUGCCGCACCAAAUGGUCGUUCAGAAUCACGCCGUCCGGGAAGUAGCUUGGCCGUCUCUCGUCAUCGUGAUGACCCUCCUCGACCGAACUCGGUCCUCUCUGCACGCCCUCAAAGCCGCGUUGGAAUUGCUCGAGAAGACUCGGACAUCAGCCUUCACCCGCAUCCCAAAGUGGACAAGCAUAUAUCUGCCCUGUCUCACAGCGCGAGCAUAGAUUCCCUGGCCGCUUCUGCUUCUGCCGCGAUAGAGAACGAGGAUGUCGAGCCUCUUUAUGUGGAUUCAAAUCGCGAAAUUGAUGAUAUGGUUCGAGAUAUGUCGUACCAUUUCGAGGGCAGGGAAUCAGAGCAAAACUGGAUACAUCGGGAGAAGUCGAUCGAAACCCUUCGCAGGCUAGUCCGGGGAAAUGCUCCUCAAUCCUUUUCACAGCACUUUCUUGCAGGCAUCAAAUCCCUUCUUGAUGGAAUCCUAAAGGUUGUCAACUCAUUGCGUACUACCCUAUCCACGGGCGGCUGCCUUCUUAUCCAGGAAAUCGCCAAAACCUGCGGUCCAGCGAUUGAUCAUAUGGUGGAAAUGUUACUACAAAAUAUGAUCAAGGUUUGUGCAGGAAUGAAAAAAAUCAGUGCACAAAACGGCAAUACCACUGUUGAUGUAAUCAUACAAAACGUCACUUACGUUCCUCGUAUCCUUCAGCAUCUUUGUUUUGCUUGCCAAGAUAAAAACGUCCAGCCGCGCUUGUAUGCGACUGGUUGGCUGAAAUCCCUUCUUAUCAAACAAGCCCGGCAUAAGAGUUCUAUUGAACACGGUGGGGGUUUGGAUCUGGUUGAGAAAUGCAUCAAGAAAUGUCUCUCAGAUCCCAACCCUGGGGUUAGAGAAAGCAUGCGGGGGACAUAUUGGACAUUUUAUAAGAUAUGGCCGGAUAGGGCUGAUGAAAUAAUGUCUACACUGGAUACCAAGUCUAAAUCCCUGCUGGAGAAAGAUCCAUCCAACCCGAAUGCUACUGUUUCUUCAGACAGUCGUCCUCGAGCCGGGCUAUCUAGCAGCGUCUCUGCCUCGAGUCAACGCCAAGCUCUUAAAGAAACCAUCGCAGCCCAGAAGAGAGCCGCGGCGGCGAAGAACAUCCCACCGCGUCCCGAGUCUGCGCAGUCUGCGUUUGCCGAUAGCAAACCAACCCGCCCUCCAUCUCGAACUCCAGCAUCCAAGACUACAACUAGCAGCAGCACUGUGCGAGUUCCCACAGGAAGCCAUCUUUCGUCGUUGUCAUCAGCACCCAUGCGACCGGGCGUGAAACCGCGACGCCCGGAAAUCACACGGCCUGCUACCGCCGAUCCUUAUGCUGAUAGGAGACCUCCAAGCGCGGCUUCGCAUCUGAAGACUUUCAGCCCAGAUGUCAGCCCAGCCAAGCCUAGAACCAAGUCGGUUACGACACCGAGUACAAAAUCACCUGCACGACCAAAAUCAAGAACAGGGCUCCCUCCAGUUAGUAGUACUAGACGACUGGACAUUUCAAGUCUGAAAUCCAGCGACUCGCGUCCCGGACCAAAGAGCGACCCGGAGGAUGUCGUACAAUUAGCAAGAGAUAACGAGAUCGCUGAGCCUGGCUUACAUGAAGAUAGCCAGGCGGCUGAGCAAAUAAUAAUGAAUCAAAACUAUGCGCCAGAAUCGACACAUGUUGCGGCUAUGAACGAUGAGAUUGGGGCAGUAGAGGACCGGCACAUCAUUGAAAACGAUGCGCCUGUUAUCGAAACGCAAACCGCUUCUUACACACAAAUGGCGCACUCGCGAACUAAUAGCACUGAGUCAAGGGUUACAGCUUCGGCUAUCGGUUCGCCUCAUGCGCGUCAUUCCCGGCAUGGAAGCGAAGACAAGGCGAGCAAGAUACCAAGUCCGGUCGCUCCUCGGAUUGUGUACCACAAUGAUACAAGACACGAAUCAAGGCAUGAGCCAAGACAUGAGCCCAGACUUGGAGGUCUUACAGUCUACGAAGACCCUGAAGCUCAGCAGUCCCUUGACAAGACACUCCCUGGCAACGAAGAUACUGCCUUGGUUGACCAUCGGAAACCUGUUCUGGAAGAAAUUCCGGUGAACGAACCUAACACACCGGCACCGCGCGAUAAUAAGCAAAUAACUAUCCCUUCAAGCACUCGUGCUGAAACUACCUUGCCUUCUGAUGGCUCAGAGAACACUCGUCGAACAUGGGGCAAAAUUGAAGUCGUAGAAAGACGUCGAAGCAUCAGCCCUAGAUCAAAAGAUCUUACAAAGGCCAAAGAAAUGAUCGACAAGGGCAUCAUACGCGUCAAAGCGAAAGCUCUAGAUGUUCACGGAUACCGAAAAUUGCAAGGGCUCAUCAAAUACCACGGCUCGAUAUUCAGCGACGAGUCAAAGUACGAUGAAAUGCUCCUAGCGCUGCUCGACGCACUAGAAGCACCAAGCGACGAUAAACGGUCGCCGGCCAGCCGCUCCAUGGAUCUGAAGACGCAAAUCCUCGUGACUAUCCGCCUGAUGUUCGCAUACAACGAGACCUACUUCACAGCUUACUACCCGCGCAUCAUGACCUCCCUCCUCAACACCCGCAAACAGUACGACCUCACCAACCACAUCGUCAGCGGUCUCGAAGAGACCGCAGAAGACAUAGUCGCCUCCUGCCAGCCCGAGGGCGUCAUGUCCGCCGUGCUCGACCUGGUCGAGGCCGAGAAACACGACGACGAGGGCUACCGCGCGAUUACAAUGGGCAUCUACGUUCUCACAGGCCUACUGCAUCGUCUCAACAAGCACCAAAAGAAACUCAACGAGCCCGAGAUCACUCGACUCGGCAAAUUCGGAAACACGAGUCUUUCCCAGCCCCAGCCUGAUGUUAGACGCGCCGUCACAGAGUAUUGCGUCGAGUUGCACGAGAUGAUGCACGACGAAGAGGCGUUUUGGCGUAUGAUCAAUUCUGCUGGCAACGAUCAUCGGAAUCUUUUGACAUACUUUAUUGCAAAGAAAGCAUCUGCAUCGCAUCGCAGCGACUGAUCUUGUAGGUCUGUACAUACAUGCAUUACAUUACAUUCUUCCGGCUUGCUUUUUUUUAAAUUCUGUUUUGCUCUUUGAUCCAACCCCUGUCUUAGCUGGAGUUGUCUAAGAUGUGGAAUGUACAGGAGUUGGCUUUACUACUUGUUUUUUUGAUACGGUUCACAGAAUUGACAGGAUUGGAGUUGGUUUGAUCUAAUUAAUUUUAUCGCUACACUUCCAAGUCAAACAAUCGCCCAGUGCAGUGUGCAGUCAAUUGAUGUAAUUGCCUGGUGGCUAAAUAACGCGAAUAACGCGGGGAACGCGGCACAUGCAUGCAAUUUGACACAU